AUGGUAGUGUUCAAUGGCCUUCUUAAAAUCAAAAUCUGCGAGGCCGUGAGCUUGAAGCCCACAGCCUGGUCACUGCGCCAUGCGGUGGGACCCCGGCCGCAGACUUUUCUCCUCGAUCCCUACAUCGCGCUCAACGUGGACGACUCGCGCAUCGGCCAAACGGCCACCAAGCAGAAGACCAACAGCCCGGCCUGGCACGAUGAGUUCGUCACCGAUGUGUGCAAUGGUCGCAAGAUCGAGCUGGCCGUCUUUCACGAUGCCCCCAUCGGCUACGAUGACUUCGUGGCCAACUGUACCAUCCAGUUCGAGGAGCUGCUGCAGAACGGGAGCCGCCACUUCGAGGACUGGAUUGAUCUGGAGCCAGAAGGAAGAGUGUACGUGAUCAUCGAUCUCUCAGGGUCAUCAGGUGAAGCCCCUAAAGACAAUGAAGAGCGUGUGUUCAGGGAGCGCAUGCGACCGAGGAAGAGGCAAGGGGCCGUCAGGCGCAGGGUCCACCAGGUCAAUGGCCACAAGUUCAUGGCCACUUACCUUCGGCAGCCCACCUACUGCUCCCACUGCAGAGAUUUCAUCUGGGGCGUCAUAGGAAAACAGGGAUACCAAUGUCAAGUUUGUACCUGCGUUGUCCACAAGCGGUGCCACGAACUCAUCAUCACAAAGUGCGCUGGACUGAAGAAGCAGGAAACCCCUGAUGAGGUGGGCUCCCAGCGGUUCAGUGUCAACAUGCCACACAAGUUUGGGAUCCACAACUACAAGGUCCCCACCUUCUGUGACCACUGUGGUUCCUUGCUCUGGGGCCUCUUGCGGCAGGGUUUGCAGUGUAAAGUCUGCAAGAUGAACGUUCACCGCCGAUGCGAGACCAAUGUGGCGCCCAACUGUGGGGUAGAUGCCAGGGGGAUCGCCAAAGUGCUGGCUGACCUGGGUGUCACUCCGGACAAAAUUACCAACAGUGGCCAGAGGAGGAAAAAGCUCGUUGCUGGUGCCGAGUCCCCCCAGCCUGCUUCCGGAAGCUCCCCAUCUGAGGAAGAUCGAUCCAAGUCAGCACCCACCUCCCCUUGUGACCAGGAAUUAAAAGAGCUUGAAAACAACAUCCGGAAGGCCUUGUCAUUUGACAAUCGAGGAGAAGAGCACCGGGCAUCGUCCACUGACGGCCACCUGGCCAGCCCUGGAGAGAAUGGUGAAGUCCGGCAAGGCCAGGCCAAGCGCUUAGGCCUAGACGAGUUCAACUUUAUCAAGGUGUUGGGCAAAGGCAGCUUUGGCAAGGUCAUGUUGGCGGAACUCAAGGGCAAAGAUGAAGUGUAUGCUGUGAAGGUCUUAAAGAAGGAUGUCAUCCUUCAGGAUGAUGACGUGGACUGCACAAUGACAGAGAAGAGGAUUUUGGCUCUGGCACGGAAACACCCGUAUCUAACCCAACUCUACUGCUGCUUUCAGACCAAGGAUCGCCUCUUUUUUGUCAUGGAGUAUGUCAACGGUGGAGACCUCAUGUUCCAGAUUCAGCGCUCCCGAAAAUUCGAUGAACCUCGCUCCCGGUUCUAUGCUGCGGAGGUCACAUCGGCCCUCAUGUUCCUCCACCAGCACGGAGUGAUCUACAGGGAUUUGAAACUGGACAACAUCCUUCUAGAUGCAGAAGGCCACUGCAAACUGGCUGACUUUGGGAUGUGCAAGGAAGGGAUUCUGAAUGGCGUGACGACCACCACGUUCUGUGGGACCCCUGACUAUAUAGCUCCCGAGAUCCUCCAGGAGCUGGAGUAUGGCCCCUCUGUGGACUGGUGGGCCCUGGGGGUGCUGAUGUACGAGAUGAUGGCUGGGCAGCCCCCCUUUGAGGCCGAUAACGAGGACGACCUGUUUGAAUCCAUCCUCCAUGAUGACGUGCUCUACCCUGUCUGGCUCAGCAAAGAGGCUGUCAGCAUCCUAAAAGCUUUCAUGACCAAGAACCCCCACAAGCGCCUGGGCUGUGUGGCUGCACAGAACGGCGAGGAUGCCAUCAAGCAGCACCCUUUUUUCAAGGAGAUCGACUGGGUGCUCCUGGAGCAGAAGAAGAUCAAGCCGCCCUUCAAGCCGAGAAUUUUUGCUUCAGUGUGAAUGUCCCUCUUUAAGAAAACCAAAAGAGAUGUCAAUAACUUUGACCAAGACUUUACCCGGGAAGAGCCAGUACUCACACUUGUGGAUGAAGCAAUCGUGAAGCAGAUCAACCAGGAGGAGUUCAAAGGCUUUUCCUACUUUGGUGAAGACCUGAUGCCCUGAGGAGCCACUUGGGGUGGGCUUGCCACUGCUGCAAGGAGGAUGCUGAGAAGACCCAGGUUCCAGAGACUCCUAAGGUCCAGAACUAUUCCUCUUCCUGGAGUCCCCGUCCCAUGCCAUCCUCUAUUUAUUGCCUUCCCUUCCCCAUGCCACCCCCUAUCCCACCUCCUGGUGACCAGCAGGCACUCUCGGAUCUUGCUUCCUUUGGAAUACAGACUGGAGUUGGGUCAGCCCCGGGGUGUCUACAUUGCAGUGUUUGGACUGUGGCAAGCCUGGUUCGACUCCAUGUGGGGGGCUCCUAGCUGUGAAGCAACUUCAAUUCUUUUAUUACAAAGAAAAAAGAAAAAUAUCAAACAAGAAGACUCUGGCUUUGCCACUGGAUAUAGAAUCCUGACACCUCCUGCUUCUCAUCCCUUCUGUCCUCUGGCCUGCCAUCCCUGCCCUUCUGCCCAGGACAAGAAGAGACUGGCACCUCCUCACGUGAAGGCGGGUGCCCUUGAUGGAGGGGACCCAGGAGACACACAAGCCAGCGAGCUGCAUCGGUUUGCUUGGGAAUGGCUCAUUCUGGCUUGCUUUGGUGUCUGCUUUGAAGCAUGCCAGAGUCUUACAAGUUUGUGUAUCAUAGAAGAAAUCACUUUUGUGGAAAAAAUAAUUUUGAAUUUUGAACCUCAUUAACAUUUGAAAAAUGUUUAUCAAAAUUAGCUUUCUAAUUGGCCAAAAGAUAGAAAUUCCAGUAUGAAGACAGGUGGAUAUUAAAGGGCUAAUAUACAAAGAGAAUCCAGUCGUCCAAGAUUUGUGCUAUCGAUUCGUUAGUGACACAUGAGGGCUCGUUGAGUUGAAAGAAAAGGAAACAAGUAGCACUCCUUAUUCUUACAGUUCUACCUGAAUACAAAGGCCACCACAGCAAUGGCCAGGACCCUCGGGUUCUUGGCAAAACUCAGUUCCCAGUGUCGUCCUGAGUUCCCAACAUAAACGCUAUUUAUUUUCUGCAGCAAUGUGUUAUUUUGUGCACUUCUACAAAAAUGAUAGUACUACUGUGUUGUGGUUUUUUAAACAUUAAGCAUUUAAAGUUAAUUCUGAAGUUUUGACUUAAGAGGCUCACUGCGUGUUGGGUAGAGCAUGGCAGGAGACCAAAGGGAACGGGUUUGCAAACUGACAGUGUGACUGCUUGUACUCGGAGUUUUGUUUCCAUGGGACAUGCAGGGGCAACUCAUGUGGACACUACUUAUGAAUGAGAUAUUACCUCCUGUAGAUAUGCUAACAGUGUUACGUUCUUUGAUUUCCAAGGGUUCUCUGUGGCUUUGUGCAUAUGUUUCCUGGAGGUCAUUUGAUUACCUAUUUUACUGAACUGAUUUAGCAGGGGAAUGGAAUCCAUUCUAACUGUUGCACGUGGAUUUCCCAGCUGUUCCUAAAUAUAUAUACUUGUGAGUGGCAAAGUGGCACUAAUGAAGCUUUUUGCCUUUUGUACAUUUGAGAUUUUUGUAUAUAUUGUUUGCUGCAAGGCCUGUGGAAUUAAUUCAUUGAAUAUAGAGGUAUCAACUGCUGCAUGUUCAGGCAUAUUAUAAAACUUUAGUCUAUGAAAGAAUAAUUAUAAUAAUGUCCAGGUGCAAUACUCUAUAAGCGUAUUGGUUCAAGUUACCGAGAGAUAGGUGUAUUCUUUUUUUGGGGGGAGGUAUUGUUUAUUUCAUUUUGUUUUAUUUUAAAAGAUGUAAACAUAUAUGUGUAUUAAGCUAUAUUAAAUUUCAUGUAUAGUUCUCCUGUGCUCUAUUAUGCCCUGACAGAGAUAGGGGACCAAAAGGAAUAUUUUCAGUUGUGCUUUUAAAGCUUAGACAGUGACUAUUUUGAACCCAUAGGGUGCGUCCCUAUUUGCAUCUGGCUGGUAACAGCCCUUGUUACUAACGAUGACAUUCAGUUCUCUUUCAUUUUAUCUUUUAAAAACUCAGGUGUAAUUAUUAUCUGUUCUUAUGAUGAUUGCAAAUAUUGAAUAUUAUGCUAUAUCAAUCCAUGUGUUUGGCAUACCAGUGAAGUGAUAAAGAACAUUGGAUUAAUUUAAUUUAUCUACGGUAACUUGACAUACCAGGGGCAGACUAUCUUCUGGAGUGGAGUACAAGCACAGAAACAUCUUCAUGGUGGCAUCAUCUCAUUUUUUAGGGAGACAUGACAAUACACCCAUCAUACUCAUGCAUAAUCUCAAUCAACCGUCAAACGCCCCUUCCCCCCACCUGUCUUUCCUGCUUCCUUUGCCACUGUGAACUGCAGACAACCAAGCCAUCUUCAACUACAAUGCCAAAUGGCCUUGUCCAAGGACUGGUGGUGUUUGCAUGGCUGUGAGGGUCAGGCCCUUCCUACAGGACAACAGGCAUUUUUGCUGGGAAGUCAGAUAAUACAUUCCACCUGGCAGCUCUAGGCCCCAAGAGCACCCGCAGCCAGCGGCCAGGAAGCCUCCACUGCCUGUCACACAGGCAGAUUGAAAUCCAGUCUAGACCUAUGGAAAAAGGCACCUGUAUUCCUUGAGUACUUUAUUUGCAACAAGAAUUUGGAAGCAGACAAACUCUUACAUUUUUGCCAGUUCUUUGUAAUCUUUCCAGCGCUGGCUCACACACACUCUUUCUCUCCCCCUGUUACCCUCCCUCCCGCCCACCCUCUUUUUUAAAGGAAAAAAGUGCAAAAAAUGCCAAAAAAAAAAAAAAAUGAAGGAUAGCUAUUCUCUUGUGUUCUCUCAUUAUAGACUUUGUGAAGUAGAAACAUAAUUUUUCCUCCAAAGGUGAAAAUACAAUGCAUUCUUGCUUUAUUAAAAAAAAAAAGAAGGCUUAAAAAGUUACCUCUUUUUAAAUUAUGUGCAAAAUAAUUCUGGCUAAAUAUAAAACAUAUUCAAUUUUAAAGGUUUUAUUUUGUAUUGUGAUGCUUUAUUUGUACAUUGUUUCCUUUCUGGAUGUAAUUUUAAUCUCUUGCCAUUCAUUAGUGUUAUUUCAUUGUAAACAUUGUUGUGCCAAAUGUACUGUAUUCAAAAUGAUGUGAAUGUGUAUUGUUUCAGAACCUAAUAAAUACAAGGAUGUUAAAUCUUA